UAGACAUCAGAGUACACGCAGUAGACGGAAACUCGCACACAGAAAACGUUCCGUGCACGUCUAGCUGCCUUAUAAAUCAAUUUCCAUUUAACGGCCAUCGAUUAUCGACGGCAGAGUGGCUAGAAUCGCAAAAUUAUCCAAGCAAUCAAUACAAAUUACGUUGUUGUAAGAACAACAAUAGCAGAGAGUACUUCAAGACUAUCUUCGAGUCAGUUGAAAAAGCAUUUCUGGAACAGGCCCCAUAUCGUGUCAGAAGAAAUAUUCCGUUGAUAGAAGACAUGGCCAGUUUUCACCGAAGAGACGAACUCGACGAAGGUGAUGCCGAUGAUUUAGAGGUUAAUUUUGAGAGCGGCGACGCUUUUGUCGAGAGUACUAGACGCAAAUGGCUCCGCGCCGAGAAUCCACUGAAGGUACUCGUUGAUGGCAAUCUCAAGGAAAUUGCGGUUCAGCUUCCCCAAGGCAAACUCAACGUUAGAAAACAUUUUACUGGUGAAGAUGUGCAAGCAGUAUGGAACUUCGAAGUUUCUGUACAAGGCAUGAAAUACUUAAAAAAUGUGAGCCUAGCAAUGGAUAAUAGCACAAAUCACUUUACUAUCAAGUCUGUACUUGGAGAUUCUCUUUGUACCGACAACAUGUUCUCGCAACACUAUGUGGCACCUGUAGAGUCCUUUCCAACAAGUGCAAAGCCAAGUGUGGGUCUCUAUAUAGUUGAGAUUCAAUUUCAAAGCCACACAACUGGCACUUUUUGUCAAGAUGUAUUAUUCGGCUUUAAUAAAGGACCAGUGAUUCGUCGUCAGAUAUGCAUUGACUGCAUACUUCCAGAAGAUGAGAUUCGUCUGGAAGCAGCACGCGAGUACCUGCUCUAUUUGUGUCAGCAGAAUCCACAAAAGACACCUAUUGUUUGGUUCAAAUCGCCUUUUGUGCCAGAGCGUGACAUACGUGAAUAUAAUUUAUGCCAAAUGUAUCCGAAGCCAGAGUUGGAUCAGUUUUUCUUAACUCACACUACACUAAAGGAGACUGCACUGGAUCGAAGGAACUAUCGUAGGAGAUUGCAUGAGUUAGUGACUAUUGAGGAGAUGGCAAGACGUGAGCAAAUUGCACGUUACAACGAAGUGACUGAACUGAGGUUGUCGAACGAUUAUAUCCUUACUUCUGACACUGAUGCUUCAACUGUUGCUAAAUAUGUGUCUCCUGGAGAGUUAUUUGCUCAGCUACCACUCGGAAGAGAAAUAUCGGAAGACACAAAGAGUGGACGUCUUCUCCUGCGCAGCUGUAAUUACCUACUAGUGCAAAAAAUCACUUUCAGUGACGACCCAACUGCUCGACCGGUCCUCGGCGAAAAAAUCUACGAAGCACAUAUUGAGGACAAAUGUAACCACUCAAUUUACGUUCGUCUAUCAAAGGAAUGUGUCGACCAAUUAGGAUUGCUACCGGAUACGAACGUAAAAAUGUAUGUGCAAUUCGUGAUGAAUCGCACACCAUUCUGCGAGUGGCAUCGAGCAAUCGAUGCAUUACCCGACACCAGAAUCGUCUUCCCCGAGCCAAAAAUGCCUAGAAGGAAUGGUAGCUACGAUGACCGGAGACUCGACUGGUCCAACGAAUGGACGACCAGCCUUAAGGAUUGCCGACUGAAUGAUAAGCAAAAGGAGGCAGUAGCCAUCAUGAUGGCUCCAAGCACAGAAAUUUUACCACCUGUAUUGCUUCUCGGACCCUUUGGCACUGGUAAAACUUCGACCAUCGCACAGGCAUUGAGGAUAUUAUUGGUGAACGAUCUAAAAAGUCGAGUAAUUCUUUGCACCCACAGUAACAGCGCUGCCGAUCUCUACGUUAAAGAAUUUUUCGAUCUCUGGUAUAAGGAGACCAAAAAUCCUAGACUAAAACCACUCAGGAUUUACUACACUGGUCGCUCACGAACAACGGUGCACGCAGUCGUCCGCGAGUACUGUCCGUCGGACCGUCACUUUAACUUCCGCGAUCCAACGAACGAGGAUCUAGCGGAGUGCGGCUUAGUGAUCUCUACCUUGGCAACGUCCAGUUGCCUGAUGGCACUCGAUUACAGUCCCACUCAUAUAAUAAUCGACGAAGCCGCUCAAGCUCUUGAGUGCGAGGCACUCUCAUGUCUCGCACUAGCCAAUGAACGCACGAGGCUUGUCUUAGCGGGUGACCAAAUGCAGUUAGCACCCGAAGUGUACAGCGAUUUGGCGCGUGAGAGGAAUCUCGGCAUGAGUUUACUCGAGAGAAUCCAUCUCAAUUACGAACCCAAUCACCCCUGCAGAAUACAAUUAUGCACAAAUUACAGAGCUCAUAAAGAUAUCGUCAAUUUGACUUCUGACUUAUUUUAUUUGGGUAAAAUCGAGCCUGGCGCGAGUUUACCGUCACACCCGAAACUCUCGCCUUUGACAUUCUACGCUUGCGAAGGAAAUGUAAUGCAGGGUAGUAACUCUACAGGCUACUACAAUGCAGUAGAAGCUGCCGAGAUAGCUGAGCGUGUGUCGGAUCUUCGUCGCCAUUGGCCAGCGGACUCUUGGGGUCCAUUCGGCGAAGGUUCGAUAGGCGUAUUAGCACAUUAUGCCGAGCAAGUGCUCCUUAUCCGUGGCGAGCUACGCAAGCGACGUCUAUUCAAUGUCUCGGUCGAAAGAGUGCUAAAUGUACAGGGGAAACAGUUUACUGCGGUUUUCAUCAGUGUGGUGCGCACGCGCCAUUGCAGUCGACACUCGGCCGAGAGACAGCUUAGCGAUUAUGGGUUCUUGACCAAUGCACGGUUGCUUAACACAGCCGUGACACGUGCAAAAAGUCUUGUUGCGGUGGUUGGAGAUCCAGUAGCACUUCUUACUAUUGGAUCAUGCAGCAACCACUGGCGUCGUUAUUUACGCACGGCAGGUGUGCACGGUAUGGAUCCACGUGAACUAGACUACCACUUACACAAGGUGAACGAGCCGUCGCUCGGGACGGCACUCAAUCCACUGGCCAAGGAGUUCAUACCGCGAACCGGUACGCAGGCGCAAAAUCCAUAUUGGAUCGAGUACGUGCCGAUGCCGAUCAACUAUCCGGUGAUACAUUGCUCCGUUAACGGCACUGCUGCCAAUGGAGGCGUCGUGUGAGAUACGACAGAAAGCUUUAUACUUAGGUCUUAAGUAAUGCACUCGAUCAUCAUUUUUUUGUCUUUUUUCAUAUUAGCUACCUAUUCUGUCAUUUUAUGUUAAUUGUACGUAGUUUAGUCUGUUACUGAAUCUCUCUUUCGCUUGCUUGAUUCCGUUCGAUAGCUUAUUAUUUUUUCCAUCCUUAUUUAUGACGAUAACGAUGACGAAUUUAAUCUUUUUGAUUUGAUUUUUUUUCUUGUACUUUUAUUUUUAUUUUAUAUUGAUACAUUGUAAUUGUAGAAACGUCCAUUCCUAUGUAUUAUAUAAUUAUUCAUUGUAAUGUAAUUGACAAGGACAAUUUUGUCAAAUAAAUAUAGAG